AAAAAAACAUAUAAUAUAAUUUUUAGAGACAGGUGGGGUGGCACGAGUUGGAUGAGUGUGUGUACCUUCACCGACACAAAAUAAUUUAAGUCGGUCAUAUAAAGCCCAUGCCUUAACCUUAGCUUCCAUUUUUCAUUCCCGGAAAUUUAUCGAAGCAGCCCAAUUAAUUAUUUACUGUCUGGUUCCGACUUUCCUUGAUCAGCGAUUGCACUCCUCAACGACUGCUGCAGCGAAUAUGGAUGAGUUUGGUGUAUUGACGGAGAGGUUUGGAUUGAAGCCUCAAGGUAAAUCGGCUCCAAUGGCGGCUUCCAAGAGAUCUGUCAAUAGUAACGAUGGCCAGAAUUGGAAUUCGGGGUUUGAUUCGGGUGUAAACCCCAACUUUUCAUCUUUUUCAGACGAUCGGAACGGUUUUUAUCAAUCCGGCAAAGAUAAGGUAGCUCAGAACAGCGGAAGCUUGAAUGAUUAUGAUGAUAUAUUUGGUGGACCUAGUAAGCAAUCGGGUAGUCAUGGUGGUAGUUCAUCUUUUGAUAUCGGUUCAUUUUUAUCGGGCUCGAAUGUGAAUUCUUCGUCUUUUUCUCAUACCUAUGAUAAUGAUGAUAUUUUUGGUGGAAUGCCCGGUUUGAAUAGCUCCACUUCUGCUAGCAAUGCCACGAAGAGCGAUGAUAUUUUUGGGUCUUUUGCUUCGCCUCCGAAGCCGAACGUUCCAAUUGAUGACUUGUUAGCUGAUUUUGCUGGAGCAGACGCAAAUCCUAUAUUCUCAAACAAGAACCAAGCAUCUGGUUUUGAUGAUUUGAUACCUGGUUUUGGGCCUAGUAUUCCUUCUAAAAACGGAAACACAAACUUACAGCGCCCACGUCAAUCAUCCACAUCAGAAGACCCUUUUGUUGUGCUAGAAUCAACUACAACUACAACAUCAACAUCAACAUCAAAAAAUGCCUACGCUACUGCUAAUUUGCUAGACCCACUGGAAAGGAUCAGUAAGCUCAACACUUCUGGCGGCACAAAACCUCCACGUUUGAAAUCCCCUCCAAAAGGAACACAAAUUUCAAAAGGACAUAAAGUUAAGAGCUCAAACGUGUCUUCAGUUAAGAGCUCAAGUGUGUCUUCUAUAGAUGAGCUUGAGGACUUUGCCAUGGGUAAGGUGCAAAGCAAUGUAAAUGGACGUCCAAAUCCUCAUUCUAGUGGGGAAUGGCUGGGAACCUCUGCCAAUAGGACCAGUAGUCAUAGUGGAGAUGAUCUAGAAUCCAUUUUUGCAAUGGGGCAUCGUUCAAGCAGUGUACCAAGGUCAAGGACUACUACUUUGGAUCCUAUGUUUGAUCUUCAAACAAAAAACAGAGGAGUGCCUCAACCUGGAGUGCCUCAAAGGACGACUUCCAGGACCUCACCUGUUAUGAAGAAGUCUUCUUCUGCAAGUGGAAUUUUUGACGACCUUUCUUCCAUGUUUGGAGAGGCCCAAAUUUUGGAAGAAUUUCAAGAAAUUGAAGGGGAAAGUCGAGAAAGAAGAAACGCGAGAUUAGAACGGCUUCAAAGAACCCAUGACCGUGUUACAAAAGCAUUGGCUGAUAUGAACCAGCGCGACUUCCAAUCUCUGCAAGAACAGGAAGAAAGGAGUAGAAUUGCUGAGACUUUGGAUGUUAAGAUUAAACGUUGGGCUGCCGGGAAAGAGGGUAACAUGCGUGCAUUGCUGUCGUCCUUGCAAUAUGUGCUUUGGCCUGAAUGUGGUUGGGAGCCAGUUUCGUUAACAGAUAUAAUUACUUCUUCCUCUGUUAAAAAGGUCUAUAGGAAAGCCGCAUUGUAUGUCCAUCCUGAUAAGGUUCAACAAAAAGGAGCCACUCUGGAACAAAAGUACACUGCAGAGAAGAUUUUUGAUAUCCUCCAGGAAGCUUGGAACAAAUUCAACAAGGAAGAACUUUCGUAGGUACGGUUAGAGCCAAAACUCGUCCUUCGGAAUUUCUGAAAAUCACAUACGGUCUUGUUUGCUACUUGCUAUAUUAUAUGAUGAAGAUUGGGACAUCAACUUCCCACUUUAGUGAAACAAAAUACUUAUUAUAUACGACAAUAAUGUAAAUUGAAUUCUUAUACACCUCAUAAUGGGCACCUCCCCCAUUGCUUCUCUUUGAUUUUUGUUUUCAGUUUUCAUUUUGGAAUAUACUCUUAUGAAUAAGUUUUACUUUGUGGGGGUUUUUUUUUCUUUGGGAGAUUAAUUCUCUCCAAAUUUUAGUUUAAUAUUUAUUUGGUAAAGCUGGAGGAUAAUGUAUGUUUUACCUGUUCAUAACUGCCUAUAACAUCUCGUUUGGAUUUAA